GUACACGUUGAUGCUAUAAAUUCUAUUGUUUUUAGUGGUUUCGACUUUUGCCCAGGAAGAGACUGAGGAAGAGAUGUAUGAGCUUAUAUGAUAUCAAAAGUCUUUCAAGGAAAAUCGGAGCUUGUUGGAUAAAGACAAUAAAGGAUAUCAAUAAUGAGAAGGAGAGUAUGAAUCAAAUAAUCGAGAGCGUUGAAAACGGAAACAAGACCUCAAUAUUUCACAAGGUCCAAAUGUAAAUGAUUUUGUCUUGUGUCUAAGUAAUUGACGUGAAUAGCGAGGUAAAUGAUUUCAAUGAGGAGCUAGAUCUUAUCGAGUUUGGCUUACAAGGAAGUGGUGAAGGACUUUAAUUAUAAACAACUUAUUGGGAUUGAUGUAACUCUAACAAAGGAAGAGGAGGCGUUGUUGAAGAUAAUAAAGAAAUUGGAAAAGGAUUUAGGUGAUAUGGACAAGAAAAACAAACUGAAAUAAUCAUAUCAAUAAACUCAGAAGAUUGAAUCAGAGUGGUAGAAUGCAUGGAAGGAAUAGUCCUAAGAGUCUUCCUUGUUAUCCAAACCCAAUUAUUUGCAUUAUGCAUUUUUCUUAGUGCUGAUUGUUGCUAUUUUUGGAGGAGGUUAUUGGAGUUUAAAAUCAAUCUAAGCAAUGAACAAUUAAAAGAAUUCAAAGUAACGAAAGAGAAAUUGA